AUGUUUCCCAUGGACGGUGCGCGGCUACAGGUGAAGAAAGAGGCUGACGAGUGUUCUAUUGAGAUGCCAGCUUGCUCAGAGGUGCGGCCAGAGAACCUUAUGUCCAGUUACCCGGACUUUUCCGAUUCCCGGCGCUGGGAUACAGCAGCGGGGGCACGCGAGCCGAGUCUGGAUGUGAACAAAGAUGGCGGCGCGCGUCCGCUCAUUGCAACAGGCUCAAUGACUCUGAAAUUCUCGGGCAGUGGGAAUCUGGAGGCGUAUCUGGCCCAGUUUGAACUAUUGGCUGCGGCAGCGGGCUGGUCGGGCCAGAUGAAGGCAGUGCAAUUGGCUUUAUCCCUGACUGAAGAGGCGGCUGCCUGUUUGUUGCUUCUGUCUCCAGAUGAGAGACAGGACUAUGCUAUGCUGGUGGGAGCUCUGCAGAGGCGUUUUGGAGUGCUCAAUUUAAAAGACUCCCUGCGCUGUGAGUUCAAGAACCGAGUGAGGCGGCCGGGUGAGUCCCUUCGCUCUCUGGCGCAUGAGAUUGAGAGCCUGGGCAGACGUGCAUAUUCAACUUUGCCAAGUGUGAUCCAGAGUGAGCUUGUGCGUGACCAGUUUGUGCAUGCCCUGACCCCAGUUGAACUGCGGUUACACGUUCAGCUUAUCCAUCCGGUGUCGCUGAGCCAGGCGCUGGAGUUAGCUCUGGAGAGAGAGACUGCAUUUGGUGCCUCAAAGUGUACUGAACUUAUGGUCACUGCUGCAACUAAGGUGGAGCCCGAGUAUAAACCCGCUUGGGCGGAGGAGCUGAUCCAUGCUGUGAAGAACCUCGCUGUGAGACCGAGAGGUGCAGACACGCAGUCCCCAUCAAACCUUCCACCCUCCUGCUGGGGGUGUGGCAAGCCCGGCCACACUCUCCGUCGCUGCCCGGAGGCAAAAGCUAAUGUUCCCCGACAGGAGUGCCUGGUGUAUCUGGAUGAUGUCCUGGUCCAUGGAAAGUCUUUCCGAGCGGCCCUAGACUCUCUGCGGUUGGUGCUUGGUAGGAUUGCGACAGCCGGAUUAAAGCUUCACCCGGAUAAGUGCCACUUCAUGCGGAGGGAGGUGGAGUUUCUGGGCCACAAAGUCGAUGAGGGCCAGGUGGCGCGCUGGCUGGAGGAGCUGCAGUUGUUUCACUUCGAGAUUGUGCAUCGCCCUGGAACACAACAUGCUAAUGCUGACGCCCUGUCUCGGCGUCCGUGUGCAUCAACCGGGUGUGGCUACUGUGACCGGAGAGAUGCCAGAGAGGAGGAACUGCGAGGGGAGGCUGCCGUGGCUGAGCCCGCUUGCUGCUCUGUAGAGGUAGAGGGUAGUCCUGAUUGGGCCUCUGAACAAGGAAAGGACAGUGACUUGCGCCCAGUGCGCCAGUGGGUAAUUAGGGGUGAGAGACCCUCCUGGGAGGGUGUUAUGGGGCUUUCAGUGGCUACUAAGAGCCUAUGGAGUAAGUUCAAAACACUUCGCGUUUUGGAGGGAGUACUACAGCGGGGAUGGAAGGAACCAGCGACUGGGGAGGAGAGGUGGCAAAUUGUGGUGCCCAAGGCCCUGAGAGAUGGUGUGCUGGGGGCAUGUCAUGGGGGGGCUGGCUCGGGUCAUUUUGGGACAACUAAGACACUGUAUCGCUUGCGUCAGGAAUAUUAUUGGGGCCAGCACCGUCGUGAUGUCGAGGACUUUUGUCGUCGGUGUGAUGAGUGUGCUGCCUACAAGGGGCCUCAGGACCAGUCCCAUGCCCCCCUGCAGCAACAAGCAGUUGGUGCGCCCAUGGAGAGGGUAGCUGUAGACAUUAUGGGCCCUUUCCCAGUCUCAGAUCAGGGAAAUAAAUAUGUGAUGUGUGCAAUGGACUAUUUCACAAAGUGGCCCGAGGCCUAUGCCCUGCCAGACCAGGAAGCAGAGACAGUGGCAGAUACACUGCUGGAGGGCAUGUUCAGCCGUUUUGGUACCCCAGACAUCAUUCAUAGUGACCAGGGCAGAAAUUUUGAGUCACGUGUCUUUGCAGCCCUCUGUGACCGGCUGAACUUGCAGAAAACCUGUACCACACCAUUGCAUCCACAGAGCGACGGCUUAGUGGAGCGUUUAAACCGCACUAUGCAGCAGCAAUUGGCAAUCCUCACUGCAGCUCACCAGCGUGACUGGGAUAAACACAUUCCCCUUGUUCUGAUGGCCUAUCGAUCUGCUGUUCAGAACUCCACUAACUGUACCCCGGCUCUGUUGAUGCUGGGCAGAGAGAUACGGACUCCGGCAGCUUUGGCUUAUGGACGUCCCCCAGGGGAUCUGGAGGACGUGCCGGGACCAGAGUAUGCCAGAAAACUACAAGAUAGAAUGGAGUCGGCUCAUGCUUUUGCUCGAGACCAGUUGGAAAAAGCUGGUAUGAGACAGAAAAGGAACUAUGAUGUGAGAAGUAAAGGUAAAGACUUCAGUACUGGGGACUUAGUUUGGGUUUACACUCCGAAAAGAAAGAAAGGACGCUGCCCUAAACUAGAUAGCCACUGGGAUGGUCCUUGUCGUGUGUUAGAGCAGGUGGGGGAGGUGGUCUACAGAGUACAGGUUCCCCCUCGAGGCAGGAAGUUCAGAUCAAGUCUGGUCCUCGGUCCUUCAUGUACUGGACCCACCCGCUCCAGAACCCACCCGCUCCAGAACCCACCCGCUCCAGAACCCACCCGCUCCAGAACCCACCCGCUCCAGAACCCACCCCGCUCCAGAACCCACCCGCUCCAGAACCCACCCACUCCAGAACCCACCCUCCAGAACCCACCCCCGCUCCAGAACCCACCCGCUCCAGAACCCACCCGCUCCAGAACCCACCCGCUCCAGAACCCACCCGCUCCAGAACCCACCCGCUCCAGAACCCACCCCGCUCCAGAACCCACCCGCUCCAGAACCCACCCACUCCAGAACCCACCCGCUCCAGAACCCACCCGCUCCAGAACCCACCCGCUCCAGAACCCACCCCGCUCCAGAACCCACCCGCUCCAGAACCCACCCGCUCCAGAACCCACCCGCUCCAGAACCCACCCGCUCCAGAACCCACCCGCUCCAGAACCCACCCACUCCAGAACCCACCCGCUCCAGAACCCACCCGCUCCAGAACCCACCCGCUCCAGAACCCACCCGCUCCAGAACCCACCCAUCCAGAACCCACCCGCUCCAGAACACACUGUUCUUCUGAAGUCGCAGAGACGUUGUCUCUCGUCACAAAUAUCUGUUGAACAGGAGGAAGAGGAGAGCCUCAAACAGGAGGAAGAGGAGAGCCUCAAACAGGAGGAAGAGGAGAGCCUCAAACAGGAGGAAGAAGAGGUGAGCAUUAAACAGGAGGAAGAGGAGAGCCUCAAACAGGAGGAAGAAGAGGAGAGCCCCAAACAGGAGGAAGAGGAGAGCCCCAAACAGGAGGAAGAGGAGAGCCUCAAACAGGAGGAAGAGGAGGAGAGCCCCAAACAGGAGGAAGAGGAGAGCCCCAAACAGGAGGAAGAAGAGGUGAGCAUUAAACAGGAGGAAGAAGAGGUGAGCAUUAAACAGGAGGAAGAGUUGAGCAUUAAACAGGAGGAAGAGCAGCUCCCAGAGUUCACUGCUGUGUGUGUGAAGAGUGAAGAACAAGCCCCGCUGAUCCAAGAUGGCGUCCUGUUCAAAUGA